UUGGUUUAAAUUUUUGUUCUUGGUGUUUAGUUUCCAAAUCCAUAUUAUUUUGCAUAUUUGUUCUUAUUUUGUAUAUGAAAUAUUAGUACCUUCAUAUUAGAGUACGUUAUAGCGGUGAUCUAAAAGGAUCCACUAAGGCCUAUUGGCCCACUGUGUUAAUAUUAGAGUAAAUGAACUCAAACGAGAACUUUAUUCUUGCUUGGGAAGAGCUAUAUUUUUCCAUAUAUGAAUAUAUAAAUAAGAAGUCGGAUAUCAUCGUUGCUUUGAUUCACUGCUUUUUAGUAAGUGAAAUGAAUUUUCGAUGUAUUGGUAACGGGGAAGAUAAAAUUUUAAUGGAUGAUGAGAUUGGUUCUGAAGACUUGCCAGACGGUUGGAACGAAAAUGAUAAUAGAUAUGCCUUACGCUACGUCUAUGGCAAUCGUUUGUAUAUACUUUUUGGUCAUGUGGUUAAUGAUUGUGUACUUCUCAAUAUACUUAAUGUGUCUACGGGAAAAGUAUCAAAUAUCCUUUUGAAUCCAGAAAAUUUAGUGAAUGAUGAUAUUCCUACUAUAUUGGAACGAAGUAGGCAAGAACUAAUUGAACCUGUUGUAACGCAACUGAAGGUGGACGCUACAACACAGACUGAUAACAUAUUUAAUCGAAGACAAAAUGCGAUAAUGAAUCGCAAUACCAACAGUCAACAAGUGAUUCGUCAUGUCGCCUCUGAAAUGCCAAUAAGUGCAGCGCAUAACGCCAGUAAUUUAACUUUGCGAAGCAAUUCAAAUGGUCAUCACUUCAAUUUGCCUUCACGUGCAAUGUAUUUGCCAUUUCAUCCGAUACACAUUCAUGAGCGAGAAAGAAGAUUGCGAUUUCUGCAUCCUAUUGAUGCACAACCUAGUAACAGAAAUGCAUUAGUACCAAUAAUGGAUAUAGUCAGGCCGGAACCUUCAUCAGCAAAUAGUAGUAAUUCAAACCCGAAUUAUGAACAAAGGAACAACAAUCAAAUAAACAUAUCAGACAAUAUAGAUAAUACUGAUAACUUUCCGCAGACUUCUCAAAUAAAUGGAGAUUCUAGAGACCGUACACGAGUAUCAGGUAUGCAUAAUAUUGAUAUUAUUAAUAUACCCGAGGAGAGUAACAACAAUGAAAUACUCCUAAAUGAAAAUAUGUCAAACAGUAAUGAUAAUAUUGUAGAAACUACCGAAAGGGGUACUAAUACACAUUCUAGCACUAUUGAAGAAAUACCAACAGAUAUUAACAAUGAUAAUGGUAAUCGGUAGUCAUGAAAAAAAAUUAAUUAAAGUUUAAUACUGAAUUAAAUAACGAUAUGGAAAGCAAGACAGGAAAAAUAGGUAUUACGAAGAGAAAAUGGAAAAAUUUAAUCCAAAUUCAAACCAAAUCAGU